AUGGGAGCUGGUGUUGGUGGUGGAACACACGGGCCCCCAGGAGAGAGAGUCCAGACCGGUCGAUGCGCCUGGCUGGGGCCAAAGAUGCGCCUCACGCAGGUUGUUAUCUGCUUCUUCUCGACUUCCACUCCUCUAUACCAUGCAUCGCACCAGCAAGGGGAUGCCGGGCUUCUUCAGCCUUCUCUCUCUAUCUCUUCCAUUCUCUCUCUCUCUCUCUCUCUCACCCUCGUCCGAUGA